CGACGCUCGCGCACCAUGAUACUUCGCUGUCCAUAGUUGCGCUGCAGCGCAGGACCUCCGCAAAAGACAUGGCCAAAACCGCAGCGACCGCGACCGCAGCACCGGUACCGGUAGACCUCGAGAUUGGAGGAAGCGGGAACCAGAUCGCCGCCAGCGGAUCGUCGUCAUGCACCCCAGACGAUACGCCCUCGAAAGCCGCCACACCGCGCAGAAGCCUUGACUUUGAGGAACACCAACCGACUCGAUGUUCGUUUCUGACAAAGACACGUGUCAAGAUAGAAGGAAGACUACCCGCGCCGGUCACGCGGUGGAGUCGCAAAGCAAUCAGGUGGAUCAAGGGUCCUGAACCACCUGUGUUGCACCGCAUCAAUCCGCUCCUUGAGCCGAUACAAACAUACCCUGCGCGCCUGGUUGCGCGCUUACCCAAGUUGGUGCGCUUCUGCCUUUUCGCCGCUGCGUUCGUACUUUGGGUGGUGCUCUUCGGCGUCAUCAUCAGCGACUUCAGCUUGCCUACGAAUCUUGCUGGCUAUGGUGCACCAGUACGACUGGGUUGUGCUGCGCAGUUGUGGCCCAAUGCGCAAAGCUGCGGCGUUGACGGACGAAAUUGCCUUCCUUUCGAUAACUCGGCCUUCGCGUUCAAUUGCCCGGCAGACUGUGCCGUUACUCAAGUCUUGAAUCCUCGAGCGAUUGGCAAUACUUCAAUUGUGUACCGCUCGCUCGUUGUGGGAGGUACGUCGAAUGCUACCGGUGAUGCGCUUGUAUACCGUGGCGACUCGUUCGUCUGCAGCGCAGCCAUACAUGCAGGCAUCAUCAAGAACGGCAGAGGUGGAUGUGGAGUUGUUUCCUUGAUAGGCGAGAGGAAUAGCUACGGGUCCACAGACAGAAACGGCAUCUCAAGCGUUGGCUUUGACUCGAACUUUCCGUUCUCUUUCGAGUUCAACCAGACGGAGCAAAUCGUCAGUGCCUCGGGGAAGUGUCGAGACCCUCGAUGGGAUCUCCUCACACUGUCUACGAUUUUCACCGCACUGUUUGGCCUUUUCACCUCAAGUCCCGCUACGUUCUUUACUCCUAUCUUUGUCAUCACCUUCUUUCAAAUCGCGAUGGCUUCAGAUCCGCCAUCGUACUCGAACUACCCUUCUCUGGCCUCGACAACACUCGGGCGUUUCCUUCCAGCAGCGUGUGUAGCCGCGCUGUUCUAUCGGUUUAGCGUACGAAAGACUUUGCUCAAUUGCAAAGCGCACAUCGAGAAGACUGUCCUUUGGGUUGGCGGAUGCUGGGUAGGAGCUCUGGGCAACUACACCUUUGAGCAGAUACCCAUCCAGCGGCUCACAUCCCACGACAUCAAUCAGCAGCCUGGCGCUGUGACUGCACUAGUUAUCAUCAUACUGGUCCUCUUCGCUGUCGUGCUGUACCAAGCCUGGUGCUUCCGGACCGAGGGACGACUAUCGCGGAUGCUAGGCUUGUACGCUAUACUAGGUGUCGGCUUGCUCAUCUGCUUGGGCAUUCCGAACUUGAGUCUGAGGAUCCACCACUACAUCCUCGCCUUGCUUCUUCUUCCCGGCACGUCGAUGCAGACGCGCGUCAGCCUUCUUUGCUCAGGGCUGCUUGUUGGCCUCUUCAUCAACGGAAUUGCGCGCUGGGGAUUCGAUCCCAUUCUCCAGACCGCGGCAGCAUUACAAGGCGAUGCACAGCUCGGCUCUGGUAUACCGUCAAUCGCGGCGGCUGUCAGCGAUAGUAACAUCACAUUUACAUGGGACAGCAUACUGCGCGGCUAUGAGGGCGUCAGCGUGAUUGUCAACGAUGUUGAGAGAUAUAGAGGCGUGCAUGCCGGCAGUGAUGGGAACUUUACAUGGACAAGACAAGCUCUGGCGGGUCCAGAGUACUUCCGCUUCGGCUUCAUCAACUACCUGCCUUUUGGCAGUAUCUCGUACAGCGACUUUACCAGAGCUGGAAUCUGGUGGCUGAAUGGGACGUGGAGUGAUCCAGCGCCUGGGCGCACGUUGUACUGAGCUGCGAGUAGUGCGUGUCAGCUCAUUGUCAGGUUUUUGGUUCAGUACCUUCGUUGCAUAUGUCUUAGAGCUUCUCGCUCACUGCACUUACCUUUAAACUUUGUCCUUCACGUAUAUCUCACACUAUCAUGCCUCCACACAUGGCAGCAUAAGGUUCACGUAAAAGACAAAGUAACAGUAGGUCCAGGGGGCUGAGAAGUCAAAACGUACGCAACGGAGGUCCUUUAUCUCGAACAUCAGCCAUGAAGCUGGCGCACUUGCUUCUCAUUGAAACGAUAUGAAUGACACGAUGCAUUGUACCUGUUUCCCUA